GAGCUCUGCGUGGGGCUGCAGUCGCGGACUCGGGCUCCUGCGCCGCGAACCGGGGGCCGCUGGCCGCCGUAGCCGCUCGCUCGUCGCCGCCGUCCAUGGCGAGGCCCCGCCGCCGCCGCCGCUGCUGACCCGGGGCCGGCGCGCCUUCCGCCCUCCACGGGGCGCGGGCGGCCUGCCUUUGCGCCCGAGCCUGCGCCCGCGCCCCGGGGCGAGCAGCCCGGCGCUCGACGAUGGGGAACACGACCUCGUGCUGCGUGUCGUCUAGCCCCAAGCUCCGCAGGAAUGCGCACUCGCGGCUGGAGUCCUACCGGCCCGACACGGACCUCAGCCGCGAGGACACGGGCUGCAAUCUGCAGCACAUCAGCGACCGGGAAAACAUCGAUGAUUUGAACAUGGAAUUCAAUCCUUCAGACCAUCCUCGGGCCAGCACAAUAUUCCUCAGCAAAUCUCAGACAGACGUGAGAGAAAAACGCAAGAGUCUCUUCAUUAACCAUCAUCACCCAGGCCAGACCUCAAGGAAGUACAGCUCCUGCUCCACCAUCUUCUUAGACGACAGCACAGUCAGUCAGCCAAACCUCAAGUACACCAUCAAAUGUGUAGCUCUUGCGAUAUAUUACCACAUCAAAAACAGGGACCCAGAUGGAAGGAUGCUCUUAGAUAUUUUUGAUGAAAACCUCCACCCUCUUUCGAAAUCCGAAGUGCCACCAGAUUAUGACAGACACAACCCAGAGCAGAAGCAGAUUUACCGGUUUGUUCGGACACUGUUCAGUGCUGCUCAGCUGACAGCUGAAUGUGCCAUUGUCACCCUGGUAUAUCUUGAAAGGCUCUUGACAUACGCAGAGAUUGACAUCUGUCCAGCCAACUGGAAGCGCAUCGUUCUUGGGGCGAUCCUGCUGGCCUCUAAGGUGUGGGAUGAUCAGGCUGUGUGGAACGUGGACUACUGCCAGAUCCUGAAAGACAUCACAGUGGAAGACAUGAAUGAGCUGGAGCGACAGUUCCUUGAAUUGCUACAGUUCAACAUCAACGUUCCUUCCAGUGUGUAUGCCAAGUAUUAUUUUGAUCUUCGUUCUCUGGCAGAAGCAAACAACCUGAGCUUUCCCUUGGAGCCCCUCAGCAGGGAGCGUGCCCACAGGCUUGAGGCCAUUUCUCGUCUCUGUGAAGACAAGUACAAGGACCUGAGAAAACCCACGAGGAAGCGUUCAGCAAGUGCUGACAACCUGAUUCUGCCACGGUGGUCCCCAGCCAUUAUCUCCUAACUGGGGUACCCUCCUGAGGCCAUCCCACAGUGUCUCCUCUUGUUUGAGAAGAGAUGAAUUUGGGUGGGGUUUUGUUUGUUUUUCUCCUUUCCUUCUGUUUUUAACGCAUAGCCCCAUCAAGGCUGCCUUCACGCCCACCUCUGCACCAUGUGGGUGUACACAGAGGCUUUAAGGGACGUGAGAUCAGUGUUCUGGAAAUCCGGUGUCAAGCCUUCCCGGCCGUCAUGAACAGCAUUUCUUUCAUGGAGGAAACAGACUCUAAUCCUGGAGGAGGAGAUGAAGGAAAGGGAGUUGUGUUGAGGCAGAGAGUACUUGGUAGUGUGGCUGUUCCUGGGUCUUUGGCUGGCUGUCGGGACCAGGCAGAGCCACACGUCGGUAGCAGAGCUGAACGCACAUCCACAUCAGGAGCGCCACGUGUGCCCUUGGGUCAUGCUCUGUAAGGUUCCUGCAUUCCUUCUUGCUGCUCUCUUGGGAUUGGGGAGGGAGUGUUGCUCCUUUUUAUUGUGGUUCGGUUUUGAUCCCACAGAGCAGAGAACAUAGUUUGUACCCACCAUGGCACAGACAUCCAAAUAAAUAGUACUGAUUGUUUAUCUCUGCACCAUUUUCUCUAGCUGUCUUCUGAGCUUUCUUCCUCACAAGUUAGAUGUGCUGGUUGUGCUUCUACACACCUGUUUUAUAGGAUUCUCUUCCAACAGCAGCAGGAUUAACGUGACUGCAGUGCUGAACCGAAAGCAUCCCUCUCCGCCCCCCAAGAACACUGUCUAGACUACACAGGUGCUUGUGCCUUCCAGUGUUCUUGCAAUUGCUUGUUCUUGGUUUCUGCUUUUGUCACCUCCUCUCCUUCCCAGGUUCUCUUUUUCUGCUAAUGUGAAAGUAUAAUUACAAAACUCAGACUUUGUGGCUGAAGGCGAAGGUCCUCAGCACAGGCAUCUUGGAUAGAGAAGCAUCUGGGAAGCCAGGUUUUUCUGACCUCAUUGUGAGGAGCCGUGUCUAUGUGCUCCCUGCCUGGUCAUUCUUCUACUUCCAUGUCCAUUGUUGCAAGCAAUAUUCUUCUCGACUUUUGUAUGUUUACUUUAAAUCAAAUUUAGUCUAUUUGUAUACAAUUUUUUUAAAAAUCUAAAAUUUAGAAAACGGGGAGUGGGUGGGUGGGUGUUCCAGUGGGGAGAUCACUAAAGGGGAAAAAUAUUACUAUUUCCUGAGGUAUUUUUCACAGAGUGAUUAAAUAAAUAAAAAAAGCUCAACUUGCAUUUUCAUUGUGGGUGCUCGGAGAAGCUAUACAAACUGUGAAGGUUCAUGCUUCCUUGAUUAUAACCAACAUUUGUGUUUUCUGACUGUUUCUGAUUUGCCUUGGGGCUAGAUUAGAAUCUUGUAUUGAGAUUGAGAAAUAAAUGGGUUAACGGUGUCCUAUCAAAGAGAAAAUCUGACGUGGAGUCUAAGAACUGGACACUCAGUCACAGUGCAUCUCUUCUGCCCGUCUUCUUAGGUUGCAGUGACCAAGGUUUGUGAGUUUUUCACUGUUUGCAACACUUGAGAUAAACGCUAGCAUUCGGUUUGUUACACGAAAUGGUGAGCUUGAAAAAGUUUAGAAUUGUAUGUUAGUUUUGAAUACCCUAAAAUCAUAUGCCUGACCCCAACAGACCCCUCACCUUGGAGCACACUUUGGAAAUAGAAGGAACGAAAUGUCAAAAUCCCAAGAGCAUGGAACCAGAAGUGUUAGUCAAGGUUCAGUGACGUCUGUCUUGUGCAGUCAUGUUUUCAGUCAAAAGUAUGAGCAAGUUUUGGUCUAAUCUUCCAAAUGCAGGAAGUGAAAAGUUAACUCCCCUCCCACUGCACCUUUGAUGAUUUUCUCUGAGUGGGAACCAGGAUCAGCUUCGCUCUUCAAGAACUGUAAAAAGAGGUCUAAAAUGUAGAAAGUAUCAUUUUGUAUUCUCUCAUCUCUAUAACUCUAAAAGGGACCUAUUUUCUUAGCCAAAUAUGAAUACCUCUUAGAUGAAUUCCUUCCUCUCCUGUAAAAUACCUUAUUUUGCCAGCCCAUUUCAGGAAAGAACUGCUGACUUAAUAGCAGAAAUCUUAUUUUUAUUCCUUUUAUUUGAACGGGAGAUUUGGAAAUUGACUUAAUGUAAAUAUUUCAAUGCACCUGAUACUAUUUUGUGGAGUUUAUUAAACUACUUUGAAAGAUUGUA